CACCCUCAGGUGAGAUAGUAGAGAUGCAAAGCACAUCUUUCUCACACACAUUUAUGUUUGUUUCUCCAGUGUUUAACUUUCAUUCGUUUUCUCCAUACAAACAAACUUCGUUCAUGUGACGUUUAUUAUUUCAGGAAUUAUAUAACGUCUUCAUAGCAAAGUUAACUAAGUUUCUCUGAGCAGCAGGGAAGUUUAUUUUUAUUUUAUAGAUUUGGGCAUCGCUUCUGCGCCGAGCACGAUUGCGCGUAAAUCUCAGCGCGAGGCGCGCCCGGUGCUGUCGAGACUGGGCGUCAGAGCGCGGGUGCUCGCCACGGGAGUGUUGGGUGUCGUCAUGGUGCUGGGGCUGGUCAUCCUCAUCCCGGUGCUGGUCAGCGCGGCAGGAUCGGACCCGCGCUACGAGAUGCUCGGCGCGUGCCGCAUGGUGUGCGAUUCGUCCGGAACGAAGUCUCCAUCAUCAGCACCGGCGGACAACAGUUUAGUUCAUUCCCCGCCAACUUUCAUCCGCGGUACAAAAGGAGAGCCAGGGCGCUCAGGAAGGAUCGGUCCGAGGGGUCAGCCGGGUCCGCCCGGACCUCCAGGUCCCCCGGGGGUCAUAGGAGAACCAGGGCCACCUGGAUUACCCGGUCCGCCCGGAGUCACCGGUGUCAUAAGCGCAGCGACGUACAGCACCGUCCCCAAAAUCGCCUUCUACGCAGGGCUCAAGAAGCAACACGAAGGAUACGAGGUGCUGAAGUUUGAUGAUGUGGUCACUAACUUGGGCAACCACUAUGACCCCUCGAGCGGUAAAUUUACCUGCUCCAUCCCGGGGAUCUACUUUUUCGUGUAUCACGUAUUAAUGAGAGGCGGUGACGGGACGAGCAUGUGGGCUGAUCUGUGCAAGAAUAAUCAGGUGCGUGCAAGUGCGAUAGCGCAGGAUGCAGAUCAGAACUACGACUACGCCAGCAACAGUGUGAUCUUACACCUGGAGCCCGGAGAUGAGAUCUACAUUAAACUAGAUGGAGGCAAAGCCCACGGGGGAAACAACAACAAAUACAGCACCUUCUCAGGCUUCAUGGUCUACGCCGAUUAACACCUGUGGAAGAAACUGCACUCUCAGAUGUACCUCGUUCUGACGUCACGGAGGGCACAGAAAAAGUGGAACCCCUCGAGCCUGUGAAGGAUGCAGCAACUGAUCGUCUGGCUGCGAACAAUACGUCUCCAAGCAUGUGAACACACACACACACUACACGCACAUUAGUUUUUAGAGAAGUCACUGUGAUGUAGAAACAAAUCUUACAGUGUAACACUGGUGAUUGUAGUAUAUUUAUUGAGAGAUUAACCGGCAGAAAGCAGAAAAUCAUCAUUCCAUUCCAUAUGUGCGUACCGUACAUAGCUGACCCGAAGAGGCUGUUCUAGAAAACACGAUAUUAGCCCGGAAACAGUUCAGAUGGCAUUUCUUUAAUCACUUCUCAUUCUUCGCACACUGAAUGUCACAUUCAAACCACAAUUCUAUACUGUUUUAUAUCAAUGUUUUCAUUUUAAAAUAUUACCAAUGUCUGGUAUGUGCAGUGUCAAACAAAUUGUAAAUAAAAUAUAUUGUAUGAUUUGCAUGUGUGUAUAAAUUUCCAAUAAUACUAAGCAUCCCUACAUAUUUAGUGCAACUACAUCAAUCAUCAACAUGAAAUUCUAUGAAUGUCUUUGACUAUUUAGAAAUGUUUUAACUUUAAAAGGACUAAACUAAAUGCUGUUGUAAAACAUCCUCGUCUACUGUGUAUUCACAAAAGAAUUUUAAAAAAGGGAAUUAGUUUUGUAAGCAUUAUACUUAUGCAAGAAAAGUCACCAGCAAACAAACAAAA